AUCAGAGCAAUAGUAGGAAUCUAAUAAAACACACCACAUCAAAACUGGGUGAAAGGUCAUGGAACGGGCUAAAUAGUCACGUGACCACCGCCACACAACGACCUUCCUACUUUCCAUGGUGUCUGAGUGUCAGUCUGCCUGUACGUUCAGUCACAGCCAGCUCCUUCAUUCUGGUGCGGUCCUCUCCGCCUUGCAAACCAUGGCUUUCUUCACUCACCAAGUCAUCAGAGGUCUCUCCUCUUCUGCAGUCCGAAAUGCAGCGAUCAAACACGUUACGAUCAUCGGGGGUGGUCAGAUGGGUGCAGGUAUCGCACAGGUGGCUGCUACAACGGGCCAUUCGGUGGUGCUAGUUGACACAAAUGAGGAAAUCCUGAAGAAAUCCGCCAAGGGAAUAGAAGGCAGCCUGAAGAGGGUGGUCAAGAAGAAGUUCGCUGACAAGCCAGAUGCAGGAGCAGAGUUUAUUGCCAAGGUGAUGGCCAACGUGUCCAUAUCGACAGACGCAGCGUCUGUGGUGGGGAGUACAGACUUGGUGCUGGAGGCCAUCGUGGAGAACCUCAAGAUCAAACAGGGCCUCUUUGGUGCUCUGGACAAAGUGGCACCAGCACACACCAUUUUCGCCAGCAACACAUCCUCUCUGCCCAUCACCGACAUAGCCAGCUCCACCAGCAGACUGGACAGAUUUGGAGGGCUGCACUUCUUCAACCCCGUCCCCAUGAUGAAGCUGGUAGAGGUGAUUGGAACAUCAGCCACAAGCCAGGACACCUUCGAUUCCCUCCUCGCUUUCAGCAAAGCACUGGGAAAGACGCCAGUGUCCUGCAAAGACACUCCUGGGUUCAUUGUGAACCGCCUGCUGGUGCCCUACAUGAUGGAAGCCAUCAGGCUACAUGAGAGAGGCCACGGGUCAAAGGAGGACAUUGAUAUUGCCAUGAAGCUGGGUGCUGGGUAUCCCAUGGGGCCCUUUGAGCUGCUGGACUACGUAGGACUGGACACGGCUAAGUUCAUCAUGGACGGCUGGGUUGAGAAGGAUCCUAACAACCCGCUGAUGCAGCCCAGUGAGAUGCUGAACAAGCUGGUGGCCGAGGGCAAGUUCGGCAAGAAGACCGGAGAGGGCUUCUACAAGUACAAGUAACCCCGCCCCAGAAUCAACACGAGCUGGAGCCUGUUCAUUAAGGCACACCGUGACAAAACGGAAAAUGAAAAUAAGAGUUUCCGAUUGGACAAGAUCAUGUAGUCCCUCCCAGUACUGAUAAGGGCAUGAAUGAUAAUAGAAAAAACCGCUGGUUAAUUUUGACAACGGUAGAACAGAGAUGCAGCUGGUACGACCCACAGUGCCUUCCUGAAGAAUGCCAGACCGGUGUUAUCAAUUAAAAUCUGUCUUUUGACUGUAUAUUCUGAAUGUCAUCUUUAUGUGUGGUUUGUAAGCAACUGAGUUUGUGGCAUUAAACUGACUUUUCCAAAUGCU